UCACUGGCGUGCGCUGCUGUGCCGGUAAGCAGUGAGCACCCACGUGUUUCUGUUUACUGCUUGGUUAACUUUUCGUCUGUGACAAAUCGAUGUAUGUGUUAUUGUAUUCAACCUUGUCGAAAUUGUGACGUUCCUAAAAUGCCAAACCGGAGAACCAUGUGUUCGAGUGGCCGUCACAUACGGCAACAUUCCAACGACGCGCGCUGACUGACGUGAAUCACUGACAUAUCGUCGAUUCUGUCGUGUGGGCUUUUUCGUGUAAAGGUAAUUUUACGCACCUCACUGCAGAAGAGUUGACCCUAAGUCAUUCGGCGAGAUCGGCGUGCCAUCCUGAUAAGUCGGAGGCAUCAUGGCUCUUGCAAACACGUUGCUGUACGAGCUUACGAAUAACAGCGUAAGUCGGAGCAUCGAUCUUGUCCAACUGGCUCUGCAUUCCCCCGUCUACAUACCUCAAAAACGAGAAAUAAUCGUCUCUUGGAUCUGUCGAACUAUCGAGAAUCGACGAAGCUCGAAGCUGACAAGCAAUGAAGCUGGCACUCUUUGGAACAUACUUCGGUCGUUGGUCAACGAUAUGCAGCCCCUUGAGGUUACUAUGGUUGUUCAAGACUCGUUCCUACAGGCAAUGCAGAAGGAACUUGAACAGAUUGCGAAGACUGAUUAUGCAGAGUGUCUGCUGGAAACUAUGACUGCUCUCAUUCAGAAAGCACCGCAAAGCACACUGACCCUGAAGCUUCCAGCUUUGGUGAAGCUCCUAUCUGUAACAUUGAGACAGUGUCGCCUGUGCACAAAGGGUACCGAAUUGCUUGAUCCUUUAUGCCUCACAGCGUCGGCUUUGAUGGAGGUUGUCCUGUCGCCAUGGUAUCAACACCCAUGCAGUAUACAGGAAUCAUUUGGUCAUCUGAAACCGUUGCUCAGCAACAUGAUGUACAUUUUGCACUUCAAGAAAGCAGAAGCAUCAGAGGCUGUGCAGAAGGUGCACAAAAUGAUCAAAAAAUUUGUGCACGCCUGCUUCUUCCUCAGGAACAACAUCACUGCCUGGCUGACAGCCCUGUACGAGUAUCUCCGGAUAGAUGGUUGGAAUGCCAUGGUUCCUCUCAGCAAGGAACAAAAGGAUGCAUUCAAAAAGGGCAAGGUUGAAACGGAAGAGGAGCCGGAAGGUGAAGAUGCAAAUGUGGACGAAACGUUGGUAGAAGUACUGCAGUCUGAGCCACAUCGACUGGAAGGGCCACGGAGGGGUAAUGAAUACUUGCUAGAACAGCUCAUGCAAUUUCUCAGUGAAGUACUAAAUGAGGAGGCAUCAUCAAAGACACCGCUAGCAAACUACCUUCCCGAGUUCUUUGCCGUGUUCCUCGAGGGUCUCAUUGCUUACAACAAAACUGAAGACCUGCAGUCUAAUACUGUACUGUUGGCUUACUUCGCAUACCAUCUUGGUGUCGAAUGUGCUGCCUUUGGCGGAACAGUGCCUAUGGACGUGGCACUGAGCAUAGAGCAACGGCUGUACUAUCUCAACAAACUCCUGGCAGUGUACCAGGCCACCGAGCAGUACUGCCUGGUGGUAGUGAUGCCCCAGUUCAAGCGCAGUCUGUUCAAGCCACGCCGCUGGUUCGGUGAGCUCGCUGCCAAGUUACAGCCCCUGGAGUACAAGAACGCCGCUUGGUUCCAGUGCCUGGGGACCAUAAUGCAGAUUGCACCUAAUCUCGUGGAAGGCAGCAUGAUCAAAACCCUGCAAAAGUGCUGGGAAGUUUGCGGACUGCGUCAACCAGGCCUUCUGAAAGCAAGGAACCUACUUCUAGAGAGCAUCCUAGCCACCUACACUGAACUAUUCCGAGUUCCAAAGCUCAUCCGGAACAUUUUCUCAUCGUUCACGAACCUGAGCACCCCGCUAGCACAAACAAGCAUUCCAGUGCCGUUCCUGCACAAGUUUGCUGCAUGCUGCAUUAACCUUCCUCCUGGCCAAUUGACAGAGACAUGGCAGUUUCUUGUCAACCAACUCAGCUACUGGACAUCAGGAAACACCACUGGAAGCACGUCUGAAGAUGAAGUGCCUAAAAAAGCAGAGAACCAUCUCCCUAAGAUCCUCGUUGUUACAGAAAUCUUCCGCACAUUUGCUCAUCACAUCCAGGUGGUCAACCCAACCACACCGCCCUCGUACGUAACAAAAUUUUGUGAGCUGAUGCAAGCCACCCGUGAGCUUGCCACACAGAUGCUGGACCUGAGUAUCACGAAGCAAAGUAAUCAACGUGCCCGUUGUGCCCUGUCGGUGUUUCACUUAUGGGGAGAGCUGCAUCUUGUUCUCUGCCUGUACCGGAGGAGUUAUGGUGAAGAAUACAUGGCUCCUGAGCUCACGGCACCACUGGAGGGGGACGACCUUUCUUUCCUUCAUCCCUCUCUCACAGCUGAUAAGAUAGAGUCUCUGCUGGCCAUGAUGAGAAAGGAUAAUACAAAGCUCAUCUGUCACCACCUUGUGAGUAAGAUUUCACUAACCUCUGGUUGUAAUUUGCUGCCAUAGUUUGUGCAUAACGAU